AUGGCUAACACCAAACCCACCCUUACACGUUUCAAAGAUGCCAUGAGGCAGGUCUAUGGAUCCUUUGAUGACCUGACCGCCGAGGAAGCCACCAACUGGACACCACCUGAGACACCCGGCGCCGGGGGUCACCGUGGACGGUACCUCUGGACCGAUGCCUUCGGCGUCCUCAACUUCUUAACCCUAUACAAGGAGUCCGGACAGCUUCUUUACGUCGAGCUCGCCAAGUCCCUUGUCCGCACCGUCCAUGAUGUCCUGGGACGGACCCGAGAUGGAACCGCCAGGCUGCCCGGCGCCUCGAAUGAAACUCCGCUCAAGGGCGGGCUGAGGAUCGGCAAAGUCGAUGCCGACGGCCGGGACGGUGAUGGGCAGUACCACCACUACUUGACGCUUUGGAUGUUUGCGCUCAACAGACUGGCGGUCUGCACGGGCGACGAAAAGUUCAAUAACCUCGCUAUCCAACUAGCCAAGGCUAUACACCCUCACUUCGUGUAUACGACCGUCUCCCGUUCUCUUUGCAUGGUCUGGAAGGUGUCCACGGAUCUGAAGCGCGUCCUUGUCGCCUCGGAAGGCCAUCUCGACGCCGCCACCGGAUACGUCGUGUACUCGCUGCUCCAGCGGACGGCCGGCCGCCUCAACUACUCCUUCGUACCGCACUCCCUGACGACCGAGAUUAACGAGUACUGGCAAAUGAUGAACCGCAAGGAGAAGCGGACCAUGUCUCCCAGCUCCGACACGCUGGAUCUGGGCAUGGGACUUUGGAUGUGCCACCUAGCCGGCAACGAGCUCUGGGCCAACACUCUUGGUGAAGAGAGCCUCUCUUUGGCGCACAGGGUCCUGAACCCUGAGCGAGGAUUCACCUCUCGUGCUGCUGGGAGGAGGCUUGCGUUUCGGGAGUUUGGCUUCUGCCUGGGUAUCCAAACGUACGGCAGAGACAGGUUCCUCGCCCACAAGGUUGAAGACGUGCUCCAGUUCUGGAAUGAACACUCAGAGACGUUCUCCGACGACGACCUUGGACCGAUAUCCUCCGUCAUGUAUGCGGCGGCCCUAAAGCCUGGCGCUUUCUACGUCCGUCCACCAGGCAGUAGGAGAAACUCAUAA